AUGGAGGAUUUGGUGGAAAGUGAAGAGGAUGUAACCUCAGUUCCAAAGGUCAGAAAAAUUAUGGGGUUUCCUCAGAGAGGAGUUUUGCUCCUUGGGACCCUCAGCAGCCUCAGAGUUCAAAUCAGGGGUGAGCUGGACACCCAGGGUCAGACAGAGGCUUUUACCCUGAAGACACCUGGUACCCUGUCUGUGCUGCCCACAGUCUGGGCCCAAUCAAAAGCACUGGGGAACCCAUCCCUGCUCCACCAAGAUGAACUGAUGGUGGCAAAGACCUUUAGGAGCCUGGACUCUGUGGGCCACUGGGUCUCCCAGUCCAACACUGCCCUGCCUAGGCACAGACUUUGCUGGGCCUCCAAGGACAUGGCACAGCCAGGUGAGAAGAAUGGAUUUCACCCAAGGAAACCCUAUGCCACAACGGAGUAUUCCUGUGGCCUGCACACAGGCCCAGAGAAGCCAGCCCCAGUGGCACUGAUGGAGUUCUCAGUGACCUCGUCCAUCCAUGAAUUUGUGGCUGAUGUGUCUAUAACCUUGAACUAUGAGAAUGUGGAGAAAAUUCCUUUGGAUGUCAUCUUUGUGUUCCCCAUAAAUGAAGACUACACCAUCUAUGGUUUCGAGGCCUUGGUGGAUGGAAAGAAAAUUGUGGCAGAAUUACAGGAUAGGAUGAAGGCCUACGAAAACUAUGAGGAUGUUGUUUCCCAGGGCCACCAGGUCUACUUAUUGGAGGAUGCAUGCUCCAGUGAUGUUUUUCACUGUAAUGUGGGGACACUGAAACCUGGGACGAAGGUAGCACUCACCCUGAGGUAUAUGCAGGAGCUGUCCCUGGAAGCAGAUGGUGCCCUGCGCUUUGGGCUCCCACCUACCCCAAAACCUAGAUAUCGUCUAUCUGAUCGGCAUGAAGACAGUGGCCUGGAUAUGAAGAUUCCUAUAGUGCCUUUGGAGGACCUGCUCUGUAUGCUCAUCAUGCAUGCCACCAUUACCUCCAAGCACAACAUUGAGAGGGUCCUAUCCAACAAUCCUGUGAGGUCUGUUUUUUACCGUUGACAUGAUAAGAUUACUGCUAAGGUUUUCUUGGCUUCAGUACACAAUGUUGAUCAGUACUUGGAACUCCUGAUUUACUACAGUGAUGUGCACAGCCCCACUGUAGCUGUGGAGAUGGGGAUGCCUGGAACAAAGCCAGAUAGUUUAGUGGAAGCUCCAUGUGCAAUGGUGAGUUUCUAUCCAGAUUUCCGAAAAGUUGAGGGAUCAGUGACCUGUGGAGAAUUUGUCUUCCUUGUGGACUGCUCAACGAGGAUGGGGAGAACCCUGAGUGACAAGGAUGGAGCUCAGCUGCGCAUAGAAGUUGCCAAGGAAACACUGAUUCUGCUUCUGAAGAGUUUGCCUAAUGGCUGUCAUUUCAACAUCUUUCUAUUUGGAUCUUCCUAUGAGGAACUCUUUCCAGACAGUGUGAAGUAUAGUCAGAAAACAAUGAAGAAUUCAGUGGAGCGAAUUAUGCUUAUGUCUGCAACAUUUCGGGGCUCUAAUCUUUUGACACCACUAAAGAAAAUUUGCAGGCAACGACCCAUUCCAGGCCACCCCUUUCAGCUUUUCAUCUUCACAGAUGGAGAAGUUGCUCAUAUGGAUCAUGUAAUCAAAGAAGUUAAGUUGUACAGGAAGAAACAUAAGUGUUUCUCAUUUGGUGUUGGAGGAGGUGCCUCCAUGAGCUUUAUAAAAAAUAUUGCCCAGAUAUCAGGGGGCACUUCAGAGUUUGUCACAGGUAAGAACAGGAUGCAAACCAAGGCUCUUAUGUCCCUGAAGUGUUCACUGCAGUCUGUGAUUGAAGACAUUAGUCUCAGCUGGCAUUUGCCUCCUGGUCUGUCUGCUCGCAUGCUUUCCCCAGAGCACACUGCCAUCUUUAAGGGUCAGAAGUUAAUCAUCUAUGCCCAGCUGACUGGGAUUAUGCCAGCAGCUAAGGCUUCUGGAAAAAUACACGUCAAGUACAAACUCCAGAGCAAGAGUUUUGAGUGUAAAGUGACAUUUUCUCUGGUACCCAAGCAAGAUGUUGGUUUCAUCAUUCACAGUCUUGCUGUCAAGUCUUUUAUCCAGCCCAAAGACUUUGGCUCCAAGGAAACCACAGAAAAAGAUAAAGAAGAUAUGUUCAAUAUUAGCAUUGAGUCUGGAAUCUUGAGCUCCUUUACAGCUUUCUUUGCCAUAAAUGAGGCGAUCAACCAACCAGUUCAGGAGCCCCUGACUCUCAGAGAAACUCCAAUGACAAUUUUGUUGGGUCCUAUGUGUCUGAUGUCAAGAAUGGGGGAAGGAG